CCGGCAUCUAGGAAUCCAGCAAAAGCUAAAAUACACCCACAAUGGACGAGAAGAAGCAGGGCUGGACAGCGUUCCUGCUGCUGAUCUGCGUGUGCAUCACCUUGGGGGCCGUCAUUCCCAUCGGAUACUCGUUUGGCGUGAUCAACGCACCAGCCCAGUUCAUCAGACUUUGGAUCUUCGAGUCGGCCCAGUCCAGAUACUCGACCGUCUUGGGCGACUCUCAGCUGACAACUCUGAUGGCCUGUGUAGCGUCCAUGUUCCAAGUCGGUGGCAUUGUGGGUUCUCUGGUUGCGCCCGGCUGCAACACGAAGCUGGGACGCAAGGGCAGCCUACUUGUCAGUGGAGCCCUGCUCACCGUUGCCGCGAUUCUGCAGUUGUUCUGCCGCAUGGCUAGCUCGGUGGAAAUGCUGCUCCUUGGGCGACUGACAGGCGGCAUAGGAGCUGGCCUGGUCUACAGCACUCAGCCCAUGUAUCUGGUGGAGCUGGCGCCGGCGGAACUGAGCGGCAGCGUGGGCGUCUUCACCUGUAUCGGGAUCACAGGCGGGGUUGUGGUGGGUCAGUUCUUUUCCUUCGAUUUCCUUUUGGGCACUAGCAAGCACUGGCAUUGUGCCCUGGGUGGCUAUGUGAUACUGGUGAUCAUUGGCCUUGCGCCGCUCCUCUGGUUCCCCGAGAGCCCCAGAUACUUGAUGUCCAAGGGCAACAGGGGUAAGACCCGAGCGAUUCUUGUGCGACUGCGGAAGAGCGAGCAGCGCGUGGACACGGAGCUGGCGGAGAUUGAGGCUGCCUUGGCCGUCGCGGUGGAGAAGAGUAGCAUGGCGGACGUGAUCCGCAACAGCAAGCUGACGAUGCCCCUGAUCAUUGUGUGCUCCUUCCAUUUGGUUCAGCAAAUGAGCGGCAUAAAUGCGAUCUGGUUCUAUUCCGUGUCCAUUUUCACAGAUGCUGGAUUCACCUUGGAAGUGGCCUUGUGGCUGAAUUUCGCCGAGGGAGUGCUGAACUUUUUCGUUGCCCUCUUCGGACCCUGGAUGAUGGCCAGCUUUAACAGGCGAAUCAUGAUGAUGCUCUCCUGCCUAUUAUCAUCCAUUUUUCUGUCUUUGCUCAGCGUCGGGCUCGAGCUUAUGAGCUCGUACCAAAAGGUUUCCUACGGCUGCAUCCUCUUUCUGUCGCUGUACAUUGUUGCCUUUAACCUGGGUCUGGGACCCAUGCCCUUCUUCAUUGGCUCUGAGAUCUUCGAGGUGUCGCCACGUCCCGCUGCAAUGGCCUUGGGCAGCCUGACCAAUUGGCUAUCCAACUUUCUGCUUGGCAUGGUGUUCCCCCUCCUGCAGUCGGGCAUUGGACCGUUUGCCUUUAUACCCUGCUCUCUGAUAUGCCUCUAUGGAUUUCUCCUGACCUGCCGCUACUUGCCGGAGACCAGGAACCGCAAUCCCAAGGAUGUGGCGCCAUUGCUGCAGAGAGGCCUCAAGUCGAAGAUCAAGUGAAACUGAAAGUGAAAAUUUAAAUAUAUGUAUGUUAGGGUAUGCGUACGUCGGUGCGAGUCUAGCGAAAAAGUAUUGUAGAAUGCGCUCUGCUCUCUCCGUCUCGUCAGCCUCCUCUCCACCCUCCUCCACAUAGACGAUCGCCACGGCCAACAAUGGAGGCAGGCAGGGCGACGCGACGUCACAGGUAAUGCGUCAAGAUUAGCGCUUUGUGUAUGUUGUCUAUAAAUACAGCCAGUGGGCCACAGUGGGCCACGGAGCGUCGAGGAGAGCGCACGCGGCUUGCGAAUGAGGCACUUGCUCCGGGAUCGGGUCGAAUUGGUUUGGCAGCGGCAACGGCAGCGCGCACACGAAAGUGAAUUGAAGUGAAAAGAAAUGAAGUAAUGUGCGGUUAAAAAUACACCAAGUAACGAAACAAAUACAAGACGCUGAUGUUAAUGUUGAUGUGCGGUUUGUUGUGCAGCAACAGCAUUAAAUAAUUUCCAAUAGAAUAGAAUUCCCAAUCCAAAUUCGAAGGCAUUCGGUGCGUUAAAUAACACUGAUAAAAUAAUAUACAGAGCAGAGGC